AUGCUACUGAAAAUAUACCCUCUCCUCCCUAGCGUUUCUUUGGGAAGGGGCCAAACCCCAUGGAACCUUCCCCCUAUCCCAGCGCCCUCAGACCCUAGAGACCCGCCCGGGGAGGACUGGGGCUCGCCAGAGACGGGUGGGGAGAAAAGAAAGGGGCGCCCCGGCUGCGGGCGCUCGGCGCUCACAAGACGUGGUUUCCUCCUCCUGCAGGUGUAGCGCCCCCGCGCGGCACGGGCGUUCGGGCGUCUCCAGCAUGACCCGCCAGAGUCUGUGGGACGUGUCUGAGGCCAACGUCGAAGACGGAGAGAUCCGCAUCAAUGUAGGAGGUUUCAAGAGGCGGCUGCGCUCGCACACCCUGCUGCGCUUCCCUGAGACGCGCCUGGGCCGGCUGCUCCUCUGCCACUCGCGCGAGGCCAUUCUGGAGCUCUGCGAUGACUACGACGAUGUCCAGCGUGAGUUCUACUUCGACCGCAACCCUGAGCUCUUCCCCUACGUGCUGCAUUUCUACCACACGGGCAAGCUUCACGUCAUGGCCGAGCUGUGUGUCUUCUCCUUCAGCCAGGAGAUCGAGUACUGGGGCAUAAACGAGUUCUUCAUUGACUCCUGCUGUAGCUACAGCUACCAUGGCCGCAAAGUGGAGCCAGAGCAGGAGAAGUGGGACGAGCAGAGCGACCAAGAAAGCACCACUUCCUCCUUUGAUGAGAUCCUGGCGUUCUACAACGACGCCUCCAAGUUCGAUGGGCAGCCGCUGGGCAACUUCCGCAGGCAGCUGUGGCUGGCGCUGGACAACCCUGGCUACUCAGUCUUGAGCAGGGUCUUCAGCAUCUUGUCCAUCCUGGUGGUGUUGGGGUCCAUCAUCACCAUGUGCCUGAAUAGCCUGCCAGAUUUCCAGAUACCUGACAGCCAGGGCAACCCGGGGGAGGACCCCAGGUUCGAAAUUGUGGAGCACUUUGGUAUCGCCUGGUUCACAUUUGAGCUGGUGGCCAGGUUUGCUGUGGCCCCUGACUUCCUCAAAUUUUUUAAGAAUGCCCUCAACCUAAUUGACCUCAUGUCCAUCGUCCCCUUUUACAUCACUUUGGUGGUGAACCUGGUGGUGGAGAGCACACCUACCUUGGCCAACUUGGGCAGGGUGGCCCAGGUCCUGAGGCUGAUGCGGAUUUUCCGCAUCCUAAAGCUGGCUAGACACUCCACUGGCCUCCGCUCCCUGGGGGCCACCCUAAAAUACAGCUACAAAGAAGUCGGGCUGCUUUUGCUCUAUCUCUCUGUGGGGAUUUCCAUCUUCUCCGUCGUGGCCUACACCAUUGAAAAGGAGGAGAACGAGGGCCUGACCACCAUCCCUGCCUGCUGGUGGUGGGCCACCGUCAGCAUGACCACUGUGGGAUAUGGGGAUGUGGUCCCGGGAACUACGGCGGGGAAGCUGACCGCCUCUGCCUGCAUCCUGGCUGGUAUCCUAGUGGUGGUACUGCCCAUCACCUUAAUCUUCAAUAAGUUCUCCCACUUUUACCGCCGCCAAAAGCAACUGGAGAGUGCCAUGCGCAGCUGUGACUUUGGAGAUGGAAUGAAGGAGGUCCCUUCUGUCAAUUUAAGGGACUACUAUGCCCAUAAAGUUAAAUCCCUCAUGGCAAGCCUGACGAACAUGAGCAGGAGCUCACCGAGUGAACUAAGUUUAAAUGAUUCCCUACAUUAGCCGAGAGGACUUGUCACCCUCAAACCCACACUGCUGGGUUGCAUCUUGUGCCUCUGACACAGUUCGGGCACCUUAGGGUUAUGGCAUAAGGAGUAGGCCCAGCCCCACAAGGGAGAGAGAGAUGCAUGGGCUAUGCACCCCAUGUUGCUUCCCCAGCAUUUAGAAUCUUUUUUAGAGGGUGCUGCAUUAGACAUCAUGCCUUUGCACCCUUCUGUGAAAUGAUACUCACUGGUCUUUGCUUCGUGGGCAUAAAAAUGUUCCCCUUUCUGCCAGAUGAGUACCACCCAGAAUGCUAAUUUUUCUGUGUAUCCUGUGCUCUACUCUAGUGCUCGUGGCCCAGUACUGUCUUGUGAGUUGUCUGUGCUCUUGUUUCUGAGGUUGUCGUGUGAGUUCUGUCCCAAAAGCCCCCACAGGUCUGUCCGGUGGAAACCCAUCCAAGAGGUCAGCAAGGCUGUGAUGAGAUUUUGCUCAGUCAUACAAAAACAAAAUCUCAGUUCUUUAUCCAUUGCUUUCAGUUAGUGUUGUUACCAAAACAAAGAAUCCGAAGUGGAGCACACGGGACCAAUGCAAGUCCAUGAGUUGUUUUUACAAAUUAUCUGUAGCAAUGUGGCUUGCAUGGGUACCCCAGUUCACCUUUAGAAUGAUGUACGCUAAUGUUCAUCUUGUAAAUGUCGCCUUUAGAGACUGUUACUCUGUUAAACAUGUAGUGAUGAUUGAAUUUUUUUUUCCCC